GCACGAUGCGGUACUGUUGUGUGCUCGUCGAGCUAUCAUAGCGUCAUUACUACUCGGAAGGGCUUCCAAAAGUGCUCAAAGUUGGAAUAGGAUACUGAAAUUUCGCUCUCUCGGUUCGUCGGACAGUUCAUUGGUCUCUUGACCUUCGCAGGCGGAAUGUGCAACCGUCAGUGCUAGAGAGUCUGCAGAUUGAACGACACAAUAAGAAUCUUAAUCCUUAACGGAAAAUUUCGAUCUAAGUCGUGGACAGUAUGGAGUACAAUUGAUCAGACCUAGAUCCAGGAAAACCUGCAAAUCUUCCCAUGACAAAGUAACGAGGAAGGGCAAGGAUCGAAAUGAUACUCCCGUCGAAGCAACCUGCGGCCUUCGUGCUGGCAGCCAUGUUCGUGCUGAGCAGUCUGAGUCCGGCGGCUCUGGGAGGCAUCUUGGAAGAAUUUAGCUCCGGGUUCUGCCUGAACGCACCGAAUGUCACCAAAUGCCCCAGCCCUCCGACAUUCGAUCUGGUUGACAUCACGGCGUUCGGAGGCAAGUGGUACGAGAUCGGCAGCAGCGCGCGCUUCAAGCUGACCAAGGAGGCGGGCAUGGCCUGCAGCCAGACGAACUACACGGUCAUGACCUCGACGUCGUUCUGGGGGCCGAGGACGGCCAACAUGAGCUUCCUGGACAAGGGCGUCAACGCAGUCGGCAACGUCGCGCAGUUCGGAGUGCAGCAGAUCGCCGGCGCGGCGCGAGGGCUGUGCCAGAACGCGCGCGACAUCUGCAAGAUGCUCAACUCCGGCAGCCAGAUCGACCAGGCGCUGACGCUGGUGGCCACGGCGGCCGGGAAAAUAUUCCUCUUCCACCCGACGGAGUCGGCCACGCUGAACGCAGUCCGCGCCAGCGUCGGCACGGCCAUCAGCGCCGUGAACGUGGCUCUCGACUCGCUGUCGAAGAACGUGACGCAGAUCCAGUACCUCGACUCGCAGCUGAGCCAGGCCAACGGCACGCUCAAGGACAACUUGUCGCGGCUGCUCAAUUUGACGCUCAAGGCCGGGCGCGUGCAGGACGACAUCCAGAGCGCGGUCCGGGCCCUAGCCGACGCGCGCGGCAAGAUCAUCCAGGUCGCGGCCAAGCUGGUGGUCGCGGGCGGCGCCGACCUGCCGAUCAAAGCCGUGCCGGACCUCGGGCAGGCCGUGUUCCUGCUGGCGGCGGCGGAGAACGCCAUUCUGGCGCUGGCGACCGAGGUGCGCCUGGCCACGCUGGGCGUCACGGCCGUGGCCGGCCUCAUCGCGCUGGACUCCAGCAAGGCCGGCGGGUUCGCGUCGGCCAAUCCCGGCGUGGCCAUCCAGAACGCGACGUUCCCCGGGCGCCUGGACGCCGUGUGGGCGUCCAAGCGCGCGCCGUACCUCAUCCUCUCCGUCGACGGGUUUCCGAACCAGGGCUACAACGCGGCGCUCAUCUACUCGUGCACCGAAGUGCCCGGCGCGCACUACAAGCAGGCGCUCUUCAUCAUCUCGCGCACGCCCACGCUGUCGCAGGUCGUCGUCGACCGCUUCCUCGGCGUCGCCGCCUUCCACGGCAUCUCCACCGACUGCGACGACCCGUUCCUGUACACCGUGCAAACCUCUCCUCUGUGCCUCGCCUCGUCCACUCCCCCGCCUUCCCUCUGACCGCAUCCACCCUCUGCAGCCGGUCGGUUCCUUCGGGGCCUCGUCGAAUCUGAGCACUGCUUUCUUUCGUCUAGGAUUUCGUCUCGAGUCGAGUAAGGAAGGAGACGAUGGCAUGAGUGUUUCCCAGCUUCGAUCCAGUACCUGACCGACUCUAUCCUCUUGCGCAAUCAACAGUUGGUGCAUGUCUCUCGCCGUUUCCGCCAAAAAUGUUUGUGGCACAUGCAUUUAUCUGUAAUGCAAGUUUCUCGUUCUAGAACCUUGCACCCAGCGAUUCUAAUCACAUGAGUUUGAUUUCUCUUAGUUCAAUUGUGGAAUGUGGAGCAUCGUGUUCAUACACGGACCAUUGUCCUCCUGAUGCACUGAGCUGCUUUCAUAAUGCUCGAUCCGUCUCUUAAGUACACAGAGGAUGCGGCCGACUUGUAGUCUGCUGGUAGUUUAUCAACUUUGAGGUUCAGAAGAUGUUAACAAUUAGCGUAUUUUACAACCACAUGAUUAGAUACUGGCAUACUGACAGUGGAGUAGCAACCAAUAGCACUACGUCUUCCACGUACAAAGAAAGCCUUAGAAGGUCGGGAUGAUGAUAAAAUCCUCCGACUGCUGCAUUGUCUAGUCAAGUUUCAAGUUGAUCUAUAAAGGAUUACAUAGAACAACGUCGAU